AUGCCGUCACCCACCUCUCUCCAAUUCUCUCGAAGCUCAACUGUUGGUUCUUGUUCUGUUUAUUCCUGUCACCAUUAUGACUUUUCCAACCGCUUUUUGAAAAAGAUUUAUUAUCUUGUUGUUGUUCCGUUCUGUUACAUGCGUCUUGCCAGUAUAAUACCACCCAUCGCUACGUCACGCCCUCCAGCUGAACCGAGACACUGGACAUCCCUGCCAUCACAUCAAGGGAAACAUUUCUUCCAUAUCCCAGUCAUGAAUCAUCGCCUCAGACUCACGACCUCGUUGGACUCAUGCCCUGGUCCAAGUUCCCAGGGCAUAUCAACGGCCCUGGAAACCAUGCACGAGGAGUCGGAGUCUGUCCACUCCGGGCACCGCUCACCAAUGUCCGGUGGUACCGCCCCCAGCGCUUUCGAGGACGACCGCGGCCGACGUCGAAGCUCCACUUUCUCAGUGUACAGCUUGAACGAAGCUGGGCGUGGCCUUCACGAUGAGAUUCUCGAUCCAGGGCCGUUUAUACACCGAAGCGAGGUAUCAUGGGGAGCGACACUUCCCUUGGUAUUUGCCCUCCUCCCGGCACUGGUCGGGCUAGUCUUCAAAAACGGCAGCUCGGUUAUCACCGACCUCAUUUUGUUGGGGCUGGCGGCCGUGUUUUUGCACUGGUCGGUAACGGUGCCGUGGAAGUGGUAUCAUGCGUCACAGCAGGUUCGGGAGGAGGAGGGGUCGGUUGUGGAGAGUGCUUUUCCGGACGACAGCGGGAGCGAUGAUGCUGUCAGCCCUCGGCAACAGAACCCCGGGCCGGAUGAACAACAGCCAUCACAGCCAGAUCCCCAGACCAGCAAGAUGGACCGCCGCGCCAAAACCGCCAGCCAAGCCCUCACGCUGCUCGGUCUUCUGGAGUGUGCCGCUUUGUUGGCUUGCUUUGUCGCCCCCGGGUUGGCGGCUUGGAUGCUCCACCACGGCCGGAACCUUUUGUCGCGAGGCUCGGAGGGGUUGGUGUCAAACUUUAACCUUGUCAUCUUUUUUAUUGCGGCGGAGAUAUCGCCCGUGUCACACUUUAUGAAGCUUAUCCAGGCCCAGACGCUCCACCUCCAGAGACUGGUCCACAGCAACUCCAACCCCUACCGGCAGGAAAAAGUCACGAUGAAUCAAUGGAGGGAGUUGAUUGCGAGGUUGGAUGAACUCGAAACACGGGGACUGACCAAUGCUCCGUCACCAGUGGAGGCAAACACGAGGCGGGUGCAUGCCAGUCUUGUCAGGGAGGUGAGGAAUCAGAUACAGCCUGAUAUUGAUGCGUUGAAUAGAGCGGUUAGGAGGUAUGAGAAGAAGGCUAGGGUCCUGGCGGUGCACACGGAGGGGAGGUUGAGGGAUUUGAGGCAGAGGGUGGAUGAUGCUAUUAGCCUGAGUGCUGUUGUUGCGGGGAGGGGGCGGAAGGGGACGGAGUGGGAUUUGGUGGGGUGGUGUUUGGGGGGGGCGGUUUGGGUUUUGAUGUUGCCUGUCAGGGAGGUGAUUAGGGGGUUGGCAAAGGUGUUGGCGGGUGUGGGGUGGUUGAUGGGGAUUAAGGAGGAAGGGGGGGAUGAAGUCAUGAGGGGGAAGAAGAAGGGGGAGAUGGAUGGAUCGGAGGUAAAAGGGAAAGGGAUGGAGAGGGAGACGAGGAGGAGCGGGAGUACAAGUGGGAGUGGUGCUAGUGGGGGGAAUGGCGAGAUGGAUGGAUCAGUGGUAAAAGGGAAAGGGGUGGAGAAGUGGAUGAGUGGUGGUAGGAGUGGAAGCGGGAGUGGUGCCAGUGGGGGGAAGGGGUAUCUUGGACGGAGGAUGUGAUUGGGGUGGGGUGGGGAUAUGUAGGUUAAUGUAUGAAUGAGGCGAGAGUGUUUUUUCUUUCUAGCGGAUGGGGGUUGGUUUGGAAUGGGUUAUGUGGAUAAUGAAAACAGGGAGGUGGCUUUUGGCUAUAGCGUUAGCUACUCGAUAGCAAUGGCUCUUUAUGAACUUUAUUUACUAUGACUUUACACAGACGUCUUUUAUUGCAAGGGAAUGUGUGUGUUUAUAAAGUCUUGACGAUAUUGUGGUUGGGGCGAAGAUGGUAGGCUGUGGUGUGGGUUGUAAGCGGUGAAGCUAAGGAAGAAGGUGAUGUUCUUUGAUUGAGUGUUGGGUACAUCUGGGGGGUGUUACACUGUGGGAGGGACUGGACUUUUGGAUGAUGUAAAGGAUAGGAGAGAGCUUUUUGAGACACGGAGGUCGAAAGCGGGUCGGUGGAGUUAUUUCUACUAUUCUGGUGCGAAGAUCUACCUUGGAGUAUAGUGUGUGUACUUGAUGUAGAUAUUAAAACGUUGCUACAGGCGUUGAAUGGGUGGGAUAGCAUAAAAAUGUGAACACCAUCUCUUUUUGACCCUUUUCUUUUCUUUUCCGUUCUUUCUUUCUCUUGGGGGGGUUCCAAUUUGCAGAGAUACUUGUACAUGCCGAAGAUGUUGCUUGCCAGGGAUAUUGAGCGUUGAUGCCAUUUUGGGCCCCAGAUGUUGAACCAUAGGAGGUUGUCAGUUGUCAACGACUUACCAGGACUAACU